AUGAAUGAGCAAGGUUCCGAUCCAGAGCUGCUCAAAGAGCUCCGCACCACCACAGAUUUGGCGCUGCGAGCCACGAAAGCUACCAUUCAGGCCAUCGGCAAAGCAAUGAGCAACCUGGUGGUUCUGGAUCAGCAUAUUUGGCAAACUCUCACAGAGAUGUGCAACGGUCUCUUUAGCAACGCUGUAGAAGGCUUUUCAGAGAGCUUCAUCAUGGCGCAAAAGCAGUCUCAACAGAUUAAACACUUUCUGCCAAAGAGAAGUAGCACUUCCCCUUUCCCGGUACGCUCCAAAUCUAAUUCUGGUCAGCGCCCGGCAAAGAAUCCAUCUCUCACUCCCCCAGCCCAGCUGAAAGCUACUACUGAGCCAUUAGUGAAGCCACGCAAACCAUGGCCCAAGCGUAAGCACCCGCCUUCUCAGCAUGAAAAACUCGCAGAUGGAAAAACCCCAGGCAGCAGAAACGUUCCUGAUAUGCCCAGUCCCAUGAAGAGGAGCCCAGAGCUCACAGUUAUUCACGGCCCAGAGCCGAAGAAGGUUCGAUUCGAGGCACACAGUGUUUCUCCUCUCUUCCCUAAUACUGUUCAUCGGGAACGGGACAUUGUUCAAUAUGUUGCUUCUUCACAUCAAUUCUUAUUUUGGCCGUUACCUUCUUUAACCAUCAAUCCGCAAACAAAUCCCACUACGACCACUGUGUCACUCUCACUGUCACCCAUCAUCCCCAACACUACCCUGCUUUCAACCACUCCUCAACCCCCACUGCAGUGCCUGAGAGGGGUUCGCUUGGACACUGGCGUCUGCCUCUGCCCUGAUGAAUGGACCGGGGAGACCUGUAAUAUAAGUAAAUUCUGUGCAGAGGAAACACUCAAUGGUUUGACUUUUCCACUCACUGUCGUUGGCCAGCUUAACUAUUCAACACAGUUAUGCCCUACAGGAACAACCAAUGCCGGCAUUCCAAAGGCCUCAGCUCAGUGUUUAAGCUCCACACGUACAUUUGGUGAAAUCAAACUUCUGGACUGUAGCUUGACCAUGGAGAGCAUCCAAAGCCAAGUGACUAAUGCAUCUCUGGAACAGAAUGUGCUCAUUGCCUGCAAUCUCCAGAUGCUCACAUCCAAACCAGAGCAACUAACAUCCCAGAACAUCACCUCAGCGGCUAAGAUUGUUUGUGAACUGCUGUGCUCCACCGUGUUAAAUGAGACAGUUGCAGUGGCAGUAUUGUCCAUCAUCAGUCAGCUCAUGAAUGUUGAUCAAAGCCAAUGCUCCAACGACACUUAUACUGCUUUUGAGAAUCUCACAAUCACUUUGGAGGAUUUCACUUUGCGCAUGAGUGAAUCAAAAUCUGGCGGACUGGUGCAGCCAAACUUGGCUGUGCAAUACCUCAGUGUGGAGAGUGGGACCCUGCAAGUUGAAUUAUAUACUCUAAAAGGUCAGUCAAAUAACUUUGCUCCUGACAGAGUAAGUCUGGGCACAGAGGCUGCUAACACGACAAUCUCUACAGGACAACCCGAUGAAAUCCCCUUAACAAUUAACCUGCAAGAAGAUAUGGGGAACAAAAAUAUAGGUAUCGGAGUGGUUUUAUAUGAAAGUGAUCAGUUUUUCAAAUCCAGCCAGUUUAUUAGUCAAAUAGGUACAAAAAGAAGGGUGAUGUCAAUAAGCCUCACUAACCAACAGAUGCUUGAUAACCUGGAGUUCACCAUGAGGCCCCAGAACAUAUCCGGCUCAAGACCUCACGAUUUUGCAUGUGUGUUUUGGGACUACACUCAGAGCGACUGGAGCACAGAGGGCUGCUACAAAAUGCUUGAUGCUUCUGGCGGCAUGCAGUGUAAAUGCAACCACACCACCAACUUUGCAGUUCUGAUGAGCUACAAAGCGGAUUACGUUUAUUCCGAGGCUUUAAACUGGAUCAGCAUUGUGGGAUGCAGUCUGUCUAUUGUGGGUCUGGUCCUAACAGCACUUUAUCAAAUUAAGACCAGGAAAUUGAGAGGAACCAACUCCACUAUGCUCUUAGUGAACAUCUGCAUUUGCAUGACAAUCUACUACCUGCUCUUCAUUUUUGGAAUCAAUAACCCCAUCCAGCACACAGACGAUUCUGAUUUAGAGAAGAAUGUUAUCCUUGCUUCAGACUGGCAUCAGCCAGUGGAUCAGGGCCCCUGCACUCCAGUCACAGUCCUGCUCCAGUACUUCCUGCUGGCAACGUUUGCCUGGAACACCAUGUAUGCUGCUCAUGUGUUUUUCCUCAUUAGUAAUGGUCUCAAUGGUCCACCCAAAGGUUUCUUCACUGUGGCCAUGACAGCCGGCUGGGGCCUGCCUGCUCUAAUUGUUGGCAUCUCACUGGCAACCACCUACAGCUUCAAGGACCCGUUAGGCUAUCGACAAGAACAAUUUUGUUGGCUGGCUUCUCUGGACAAGGAAGAAAGAUUUGAUCCAAAGCGGCCUAUGCUUGGGGGUUUUUUACUCCCUCUAGCGGCCAUGCUCAGUUUUAACAUAGCUCUACUCAUCUACUUCUCACAGACAAUCUGCUGUGCAAAUCCUAACCUGAAGAGCUCACGAGGAACUUCUCUAAAGAAGAAGAUGCUGAGUAGUUUCUCUCUGGCUGUGGUGCUCGGUUUGUCCUGGGUCAUUGGCUACUUUGUGCUCAUCACCCAUGAUAAAACUCUUUACACCAUUCUCAGCGUGGUCUUCUGUCUCUGCAACACAACUCAGGGUGUUCAGAUUUUCAUUUUAUUCACACUGAGAUCUAUCCUAAAGAAGAGAGCCCGAGAUAAUCUUGAUUCUAAGACUGAAUCAAAGGUGACUCCUUAAAAUGUACUAUUUAAAGACACAAAAAGCCAUGGACAACAGACAAGAUCAAAGACUCAGGCCCAGAUUUACUGUCAAGCCCAACUAGUUUUCUUUUUUUGUGCAAAUGCUUUUGGCAUAUCCCCUUUAUUUUAGAGUUACAGUCAUUUGUCAUUUUGCCUUGCUAACAAAAAUGGAUGUAAUCUCUUAUUUAUACAGGUAUAACAGGUUUCUAAUAUCAAAUAUGGGGACAUUUAGUCUUUAGUAUUACAUACAAUACAAAGUCUUUCUAUAUUCAGACAUUAGAAUAGAGUCAGCCUUUCAAUAAUCCACUUUAGAUUUUGUGACAAGUCUUUGAUUUAAAUUGGACUUAAUUGGGGGUUUUUUUCUUUGCAAAAAAUAAAAACAUGCUA